UCGGCUCCUGGGGUCUCCUUCGCCAUGAGCUCCAUCGGCACCGGGUAUGACCUGUCGGCCUCUACGUUUUCUCCAGAUGGCAGAGUGUUUCAAGUGGAGUAUGCUAUGAAAGCUGUGGAGAACAGUAGUACAGCCAUCGGGAUAAGAUGCAAGGACGGCGUAGUCUUCGGAGUAGAAAAACUAGUGCUGUCCAAGCUGUACGAAGAAGGCUCCAACAAACGUCUCUUUAACGUCGAUCGACAUGUCGGAAUGGCUGUCGCAGGACUCCUGGCAGAUGCCCGAUCUCUGGCUGACAUAGCAAGGGAAGAAGCGUCAAACUUCAGAUCCAACUAUGGUUAUAAUAUUCCACUCAAACAUCUUGCCGACCGAGUGGCUAUGUACGUGCAUGCCUACACACUGUAUAGUGCUGUCAGACCGUUUGGCUGCAGCUUCAUGUUGGGUUCGUACGACGAGGACGACGGCUCCCAGCUCUACAUGAUCGAUCCAUCGGGAGUUUCAUACGGUUACUGGGGAUGCGCCAUUGGCAAAGCGAGGCAAGCAGCCAAGACAGAGAUUGAGAAACUUCAGAUGAAAGACAUGACUUGCCGUGAUGUUGUUAAAGAAGUUGCAAAAAUAAUUUACAUAGUCCACGAUGAAGUAAAAGAUAAAGCUUUCGAACUGGAACUCAGCUGGGUUGGCAAAAUAACGAAAGGAAAACAUGAAGUUGUCCCAAAAGACAUUAAGGAAGAAGCAGAGAAAUAUGCCAAGGAGUCUCUAAAGGAAGAGGAUGAAUCAGAUGAUGAAAACAUGUAACACAUUGUAACUUUAAGACACAAAUGUUUUACGGCAAGCUGUUUAUUAAUUGCCAUUAUGUAUGUGCUGGAC